AUGAGCUCGGACUUCCAGCAUUACAGUUUCAGGAUGCCGAACAUCGGGUUCCAGAACCUGCCUCUCAACAUAUACAUCGUGGUUUUUGGCACGGCCAUCUUCGUCUUCAUCCUCAGUUUGCUCUUCUGUUGCUACUUGAUCAGGCUCAGACAUCAAGCACACAAAGAGCUUUACGCCUACAAACAGGUUAUACUCAAGGAGAAGGUGAAGGAGCUGAACCUACACGAGCUGGGACGAGAGGUGAAGGAGCGGCGUGAGGAGCCCUGGGGGGUCCUGCGGCUGCUGCAGUGGACGGGGGAAUAUGUUGGAUUUCAGGAAACCUGCCCGGAGAAGGUUUUAUCCGGCUGCAGAG